GCAAUCCUCCCAUAGGGCAGCGCGUGUUGUACGUAGCCAUCUUGUGUACGGCAAAGGAAGAACCGCCGUUAGCUUGACAAAAUAAAUCUACUAACAGUCAAUAGAGCUGCAAACAGUCAUAGUAUACCUUUACCAGACUAUAUUAAAAUAAAAAAACGAUAGUGAACAUGUAUUAUUAUGCCUCAAGAUGUCUCGUCGCCGUGUUUCGAGAAGAAUGUGUGUUAUUGAAGACAAGAGAGUGUUAAAAACUAAAGGCGCCUCAGACUCGAGUGUUUCGAGCCACUGGAGUUUCAUUCGCGACAGCGGCCUGAGAGAAACUCUCACACCGGGACAUGGCCUUUAUUUAGGCCACGGAAAAUAAGGAUACGCGAUCGGCAAGCUUCAACAGAGCUGGGUAAAGCUGUCAUCUUGUUUGGAGCUCAAGUGUUAAGGAUAUAAUCGACUAAAAAUGCUGCAAUGAGGACGCGCGCGUGCUGACAGAUCUCCGAGGGAGUCUCAAGUUAGCGCGACGCUAACGGGACAUUAUAUGAUAUAUUCUCAUAUAAACUGUGUUGCUGCUUUUGAACUGAAGCUAGACGAUUUAGCCUAACACUUCAAAGUCCGGGGCAUAGACCUAAAGGGGCCAACAUGUCAAAAAUGCCGUCGAAAAAGAAGAGCUGCUUUCAGAUCACCAGCGUAACGCAGGCGCAGGUGACGGCUAACAGCAACACGGACGAUACUGAGAGUUUGGACGACCCGGAGUCUAGAACCGAGGACAUGUCCUCAUCUGAGAUAUACGACAUAUCCAAAAGCGGAGAUUUUGAGCCGGAGACGUGUGACGUCAGUUUAUCGGACGAACCGCUGAAUAACGAAUCGGAAACAUCUGGCACGAGUAUUUCGAUUGUGCAGGAUGGUCUCACAUCAAUACCUGGUUCUCGUUACCCAGGUGCUGUUCAUAUAAACCCAAAUGUUCGUGGGGCUCCAAGCCAAAUGAGCACUGCCCCUUCCCACCAUUCAUCUUCAGUUACAAGCAGUGUUGUUUCUAAUGCACCAUCAUGCAUGGCACAGACAUGUACAUCGGUUAGCAGUUCUGCUACAGUAAGUAGUUGCAGUUCCCGUUUCAGGGUCAUCAAACUAGACCAUAGUACAGGCGAGCCCUUCAAAAGGGGUAGGUGGACUUGCGCUGAGUUUUAUGAAAAAGAUACGGAUGGUACAACAUCCGGACGGACUGCUGAUAAUGUGAAACAUACCAGCACCUUGGAACAUAACGCGGACAGGGAUGGACUAGGCAUUACAGGAGGUUUGGUGUCUACUCCUGUUGCACCUUCAACACUUACAGAACCACACAAUGACAGUGGUUACGCAUCUGCACCAUCUAAUCCACCUGUGGAGUUUCAACAGCAGAGUAAUGGCUAUUCACAGCAGGGAUCGGGACUCGUAUCCCAUAGUUUGUACACUGGUGGUGCGCAUAUUCAACACGUCAAAUCUCCCAGCAUGCCUUCUACGACUCAGCCACAGCCAAUAUACCAAGGUCAACAGGCACAAAAUCCUGGUCAGAUGCUUCCCACUGUCAUUCCAACAAAUCAACCGGACUUCAGAUCGCAGCAUCCCUUGGAAGCUCCUGGCUCCUCCUUGAUCUCUCCUCCCCUCGGAGCCCCAUUGAACCAGGGCCCAUCUCCUGUCAUGGCUCCUGCAGUGGGUGGCACACAUGUACUCGGAUUAAUUCCUCAGUCUGUGGACGCGAUGGGUCACGGCAGAGCUAUGCCAGAGCAUGUACAGGGCCUUUUACAGCAGCCCGGCAUCGGCGCAGCUCUUGGGACCGUGUCAGCCACAGCUGUUGUUCCACAGCCACUCGUUCAACCAGCAGUAACUGUGUCUGUCACCCCCCAUACUGUGGUCCCUGGUGUACAAAAUGUGCCUGUUGUUAUGUCCAGUGCCUCGAAUACCACUCACAACAUGCCAAACCAUACUCCAGUCCCCGUUUUACAGAACCAGCCUCAGGGAAUCCCCAGCGGUUUAGUUGUGGGACUGGGCACGCAGACAACCCCCUUCAGCUUCAGCCAGCUUCCCACUGGCAUCAUCCUGGCUGAACAUACACGGAGGAAAUCUGAUGCGCUACCUCAGAGCUCUGUCAUUUUAGGAAAAGAUGUCACAAGGUCCCUGAAUGCCGAUGGCUUGCAGCUUUCCACACCUGCUGUCAACAGUCUGUUUGGAAUAUCCAUUCCCAUAGAUGGGGAUGAAGACAGGAACCCUUCCACAGCUUUCUAUCAAGCCUUCCCAAACUGCAGGUCAAAGACCAUCAGUAAUGGUGCAUCUGGCGCCAGUGUUGUGGCCAUAGAUAACAAGAUCGAGCAAGCUAUGGAUCUUGUAAAAAGCCAUUUAAUGUACGCUGUGCGUGAGGAAGUAGAAGUCUUGAAGGAGCAAAUCAAGGAGCUCUAUGAAAGAAACUCUAUGCUGGAAAGAGAAAAUGCAGUAUUAAAAUCUCUGGCCAACACUGAACAGUUGAGCCAGCUCUCCGGUCAGCCCAAUAACCCCGGAAGCACUUCGCCCCAACAGACACCAGUAAACGCCAUCCUACAGGAUGGGAGCAUUCUCGUGGCCUUGCCCCCACAACCCAACGUUUCCACGGCGUGAGAAAUUCAUCAGCAUUACAUGAAAAAAUGCAAACGUUUGCAGUCUGCAAAGGAGAUUAUAGUUGGCCACCUUGUGGAGAGCCAUGCUUCGAUUUUACAUGCUGCGUGGCUUUCCAAGUAUUAGACAAUCAUUUUGGGAGAAGCUCGCGUUUGGGUUGAAGAAGAGGGUUGCGGCAGGUUGUCCCAGGCACGGUGCAAGGAUGCUGAGAUGACCGUUUAGCAGGACGCCUGUGGUGGAUGUCCAUUGCUAAGGUUGGACGAACACCGAUUUAGUAGUACCAUGGAAAGGCCGGGACUGUGGUGUUUUUUUGAAAGCCAGCAUGACUUAAAUCCCAUUUUGUCUGUUUAAAUUUACAGUUUGCGUGUAUUUAUUAGAGGGCUGCUAUUUUCAUAAUGUAAAUGAACAAUGCAACAGAGGUCUAUUAUAUAAAGAAACUUUUUUGGUUUCUGAAAUGUAAAAGAGAUGUUAAAGCAUCGACAACUUAAUUGUUAAUUUGCAUCAAGUUUUAGGCAAUAAUAUCCCCGUGGCACAGUUCCAACUCCAACUGAAGGUUGAAUAAUCUUUGCUGAUACACAGUCCUGUACAGUUGGAUUGAUUGGGGUUGAAUGUAUAUGUGUAUAGAUUGUAAAGUAUUAUAAGUAGCCAUUUGUACAGGUGAGCACCAGUUAUCAAGUAUUUCUCUAAUUUUAAGUAUAGUUGCCAUAAUUCCCCAACGUUUGUCACUUAUUGUACCUGAAUUAUAAAAACAAAACAAAUCUGGGUGGGGGAAAAGCUGUGAAUUUCUUCAUACAAAUAUAUUUGUAACCAAAGAAGAAAAUAUGUAGAUUUGUUUUGUAAUGCACACUUUCUGAUUAUUAUUUUUAUUUUUUUUACUUUGCCAUGUUAAUGAAUCUUUCAUUGCUGGUAAGCAUGUUUUGCAUGAUCUGUUUUCUUACCUCAUGUUUUUUAUUCGACAUAACUUUAAAGGAAGUCUGUGAACCAUAUUAUUCGACUUAUAUGAACGGUGAAGGGUAAUUGGCCCCCAGUAAUACAAAAAAUGAGCCAUUUUGUUUUAGUUGCGUGGUGCUGUCAAACUUGAUGCAUAUAGUGUUUAUUACAUUGCAGAAAAUGUACAAAAUACAUUACAAGUUUUGUUUCAUGGAAUAGUUUACACUUACAAAUAAAAGAUAAAAUAGCAACGGUCACAAAGAAUUACAAUCACAGAUAUACUAAUUCACGGGCAUGUGUUUUAUUGUCUUUUGUGCCUUGUGUAUUAUAAACUUUACAGCACUCUGGUUUAUUUUUGCCCUAUAGAGCCAAAUAGAAAUUGUAAAAUCACAUCAGUCCGCAUCACCUGGUAAACGUAUGGUUUGUUUGUUUUUUUAUUUGUUGAAGGAAUUGUAGUAUACAAGCAAAAUGUAUUAAGCUUGAUCACUGAGCCUUUGAAAAUAUCUUAAUACCCUUGUAAUGUGCUGUUUUGAAAAGUUUAGUUUUCUGUCAAGAAUAAAUUACUGUUCUAUUGAAAACUGGA